GGAUAUGACGAGGUGGGGUUUCCGUCCGGAUAGUUACUUAUCUAAUCCAUCUCAAUGCAAUAAACCCCACCAAUGUAAAGUUCCACGUGACUCCGGCUGUGACGUUCGUUUUUUCGAGCUUUAAACACUCACUGGAGCUAAGCUCACUUAGAAAUCGGAAUCCCUCAAUUGGACCGAAGAAAUCGACCAGCCUUCUCUCCAAUCCCACCACCUAUCCGAAACAGCGCCUCCCAACCUACCACACAGCACACGAGAAACCAUAUACGAAAGCCACACCUAUAGACGCAAACACACGCCAUGCGGUCGUCGUUCCGACUCCUCGCGGCCGUGAAGCCAGGCGCGCGGUACCUCGAACCGGGCGUACCGACAGGCCUAACGGGGCUCUGGACACACAUAGCGCCGCGGUCAGCACUGCUAUUCUUCUACUCAAAGACACUAGAGAAGCUAGAGCGGUUCCCCGAAGCGUCGCUGUACCGGCAAUCAAUCGAAGCGCUAACGCGGCACCGCCUCGCCGUCGUCAAAGCCGUCGAGCCCCCGGGGUACGCGGAAUGGGAAGCCAACGCGCGCAAGAUCGUCGAAGCGCACCCGGACCAGUUCCCCGUGCGCACGAGCCCGCCCUCGGGCGGCCCCGCGGGCCCCGCGACCAUUCUGAAGAACGAGGUCCAUGGCGAGAUGUUCCUGCAUGAGGUUAGUCGACGUAGGGUCGAUAAGAGGUAUGAGGAGUGGGAUGGCGAGGCGGAUGAGGGACCUGGGGCGGAGGGGCUGAAGGGCGAGGAGGAUAGAGCCGAUUUUGAGAAGAUCUUUAGAGAGCCGAGGGAGAUGCCGGAUGAGGGCGUGCCGUGGGUGUCGGAGCCGCAGUUGACUGCUGAUCAGGUUGAGGAGAUCGAGAACAAGCUAGGAAGCGGUCUUAUCGAGGAGGUGGUAAGGUUGGCUGAGAACGAGUGCAAGCUCGUGGAUAUCAUGUAUGAGAACAAGGUAUGGGAGGACCUAGAGGAGAAGCCGGUCGAGGGUCAAUGGACGUAUUUCGAACGACAUGCCACCGAAUAGACGAAUUCGACCGCUCGAUAUAAUACGGUUCCAAAAUUCUGCGGACUUGCUUCUAUGUGCCGUUACAGAGCACAUAUAAUCGAGGAAACUUGUACAUAUGAACUACGAAUUAGAUUAUGAAAUGCUGUUAAACACAUACCGGGUGCGCCGUGGAAUAAUUGGAGCUGGAGCCAGUCAUCUUAGAUGUAGAUGAGUCGUUUCGUCUUUCGGGCGCCCCAACCUCUCGAGCGAUUGAAGUUUUCGAAUCCUUCAUCGGUGGCCUUUUUAAAUCCAAAUCUACUCGAAAAUAUGAAGAUGAGGCCACUACAGUCUUCGUGCCCUGGAAGACUGAUAGAGCGAACUUAUCCCUUAAUUAUUCACACGGAAAUUCGCGGAUAGAUCCUAACUGAUAAACAUACUAAUAAGUUGUAAUGUGAGGUUUGCAAGAUAUUUAUAGUCUUGGAUCAUACAACAUACCUCCUAAUAUAGUGUAUUGCGUUUAUAUGCCUCUGGUUAUUGUGUUAUAGAAUAUGAGCAUUGUCUAUGAUAAUGUUGAUAUAUAACUACCUAGUAAUCUAAUUAAAAGAAGAAUUUUUGCC